AUGGAUGUUCCUUUUUCCAUCUCGAUGAUCUGGAGCCUCGACACCUCCAGCAAGAAACCAAUGCAAGAGCGCAAUAAAUCAACAAAUGGGAUUCCUCAGCACUGGGGGCCAUGUGGGAGGCCGCGCUUGCCUGCAAUUCCACAAAGGUCACAGACACAUCGGUCUGGUUUGAGCAGGCGCCGGCGCCAUCAAAAUCUCAACAUACAGCAUCGGGCGCGAUGUCCACUGGCAUCGCAGCAGGAACCCCCCAAAUCGGGGCAUUCAGCAAUGCAGCAUACAUGA